GGCUGUCGGGCCUGUAGUCCCCACACUGUAAACAGAGCCGAACCGUUUCAAAAUCACCGUUCCGUUCCUAUAAAUGUUUGGUUUCAGGAGAAAGUCUGCUGUCACGAGCCACGGCUGAGAUUAGUUGCCGUGGUAACGUUCGAUCGAUGUCACGCUUAAAACGACGGUGGCUGAAGUUUGAUGACGGCAAGCUAACGUUAGCUUAAAGCUAAAACUCGCUAUGUUUUUAAUGGAGCUCUGUUCGGCUGCUCGUCUCCGUGUGUGAAAGCGGUUCGGUUCGAACCGGGGGCUUCCACGAUGAGCCGCUCUGCGGUGUGACUGGAAGAGGAUGGCUGCAGAGCUGUUCCCCACCAAGAAACUGGUGUCCUCCUCUAUCCAGAACCAGCAGAACGUGAGCAACAACAACUCCGCGCAGGGCUGCUGCAGCUGGCAGGGCCUGUACCCGACCAUCCGGGAGAGGAAUUCAGUCAUGUUUAACAAUGAGAUGAUGGCAGACGUUCACUUUGUGGUCGGACCACCAGGCGGGACACAGAGAGUCCCGGGUCACAAGUACGUCCUGGCAGUUGGUAGCUCCGUGUUCCACGCCAUGUUCUACGGCGAACUGGCUGAGGACCAAGAGGAAAUCCGGAUUCCUGACGUAGAGCCGCCAUCUUUCCUGGCUAUGCUGAAGUACAUCUACUGUGAUGAGAUCGAUCUGUGUGCUGACACAGUGCUCGCCACCCUCUAUGCUGCCAAGAAAUAUAUCGUGCCUCAUCUGGCCCGGGCCUGUGUCAACUUCCUGGAAACGAGCCUAAGUGCCAAGAACGCCUGUGUGCUGCUGUCUCAGAGCUGUCUGUUUGAGGAGCCAGACCUGACGCAGCGCUGCUGGGAGGUGAUUGACGCCCAGGCCGAGCUGGCACUGCGCUCUGAAGGGUUCUGCGACAUCGACGUCCAGACGCUGGAGAGCAUCCUACAGCGGGAGACGCUAAACGCCAAAGAGAUGGUGGUGUUCGAAGCUGCUCUGAACUGGGCCGAGGCUGAGUGUCAGAGACGAGACCUGCCCCCGACCAUCGAGAACAAGCGGUUGGUCCUGGGGAAGGCCAUCUACCUGAUCCGGAUCCCCACCAUGGUGCUGGAGGACUUUGCCAAUGGCGCGGCCCAGUCUGGUGUUCUGACCCUGAAUGAGACCAAUGACAUCUUCCUGUGGUACACGGCCUCCAAGAAACCAGACCUUCUGUUCUGCACAAAACCUCGGAAAGGCCUGUCGCCGCAGCGCUGCCAUCGCUUCCAGUCCUGCGCCUACCGCAGCAACCAGUGGCGGUACCGUGGCCGCUGCGACAGCAUCCAGUUUGCAGUAGACAAGCGGGUUUUCAUCGCCGGCUUUGGGCUUUACGGGUCCAGCUGCGGUUCCGCCGAGUACAGCGCCAAGAUUGAGCUGAAGCGUCAGGGGGUACCGAUGGCCCAGAGGAUCAUCAAGUUUUUUUCUGGCGGAUCCAGCAACACCUUUCCGGUCUGGUUUGACUACCCGGUUCAGAUCGAACCCGACACCUUCUACACAGCCAGCGUGGUUCUGGACGGCAACGAGCUCAGCUACUUCGGCCAGGAAGGCAUGACAGAGGUUCAGUGUGGGAAAGUGACCUUCCAGUUCCAGUGCUCCUCGGACAGCACCAACGGAACCGGCGUGCAAGGAGGCCAGAUCCCAGAGCUCAUCUUCUAUGCCUGAUUGGGUUGGGUCCUGCUGUGGUUCUUCAGUCGUGUUAAGAAGUACCUGGGCAGCCAGGAAGCUCCUGGACUCGUCUCAGAACCCGAGGAUGGUUUCUGAGGUGGAACACAAGCUAAGUUCUGCUGGUCCAGUUGAUGAAGACUUGUGAGGUUUCUGCUCCUCUAUGAACUCGACAUGUUUCAGUCUUAUUGACAUCAGAACCAGCCUGUUGGGCUGUUUUCUGCGGUGGAUGAAUACAGAACCGGGUCUGAUCUGCUAACUCUUAAAUGAAGGAAACAGCCAUGCAGACAUCCUGUCAUCGAUCGAUCAGCCUACUCCGUUACUUGGCCAGCAGCACAUCAGAAACCCGAAUUACAGGUUCUGGUAGUGAUCGUUUAAACAAUAGCAACAAUAAUGAUAAAUACCGCUGGGGUCUGAAACUCGGAUGCUCUGAAAUGUAAUUUUGUUUUUUCUCAUAAAUACAAACUUUUGUCAUGUUGAUUUGAACUUUUCUAACAAACGCGGGGCUUUUCUUCUGGAGCAACACCAAACCUGGAGCUUCUGCACCGCCUACAGUUAAACACCUGGAGCUGAGAGGGUUCGGGUCCUUCUGAGGCUGAUCUGAGACGCUGCCAUGUGCAGCUCUACCUCUACAACGAGACCCCCCCCCCCACGCCCCCGUCGGGCUCACCAUCCAGCCGUGGCACUGUUGCAGCUUUAACUGGAUCAUUCUGCCGUGUUUUCAGACUUUCACUGUGAGAUGUUUGUGAAGUCUAGAUUUUUCAGAAACUUGUUUUUAGUUUCAUUUUAAUUUUAGAGGCCUUAAUGAUUAAAUGUUCACCUGUUAGGAACCUGAGGAACUGUCCUGCUGCUGACUGAAGGACUUUAAGCAGCAAGUCGGUGGUUUGAAACCUGUGCAGGUGUUCAAACGCUGAAUGAUCCAUUUCCUGGCUGUCUGUGUCCAUAUGGUCGUCUGUCCGUCCUGAAGGAUUUGAACUCUUCUGUUGUUGUUAUUCUGUGUCUUGAAUUAUUGCUGUUUGGUUCUGACCCGUCAUGCCUGGUUCUGUUUAUGUAAUCAUUGAAAGUCAUUUUCUGGUCUAUUCCAGCCUGAAUGUGUCGGUGGCCUUAUCAGAUUUGGUAAUAAACUCUAUAAUGCUCCA